UACGUUGCAUCUAAUAAUAUAGAUUUGAGGUUACUAAUUUGAGGUAUCCGGAUGUGAAAUGCAUUACUUAAGACGUGACCGGUCAAUGUUUGAGGGGUCAUAUUUGCCCCAUCACGGCUGCUCUAACCCUAAUCAAUCAAAUCCCUCCGGUCCAGCCAUGCCGCCGCCGCCGGAGCGGUGGUCCAUCCUGGCUCGAAUCCCUAAAGUUGUGAAGGACAAGGAGGCGAAGCGCACCUUCCCGCCGGGCGCCGACGUCUCCGUCGCCUGCGACGAGCCCCCGCGCGCCUCAAUCCUCACCGCGCCGUUCCGCAUCUCCCCGCCGCCCUGCCUCCCCAGCUACCCCUACGUCGCCGCCGCGGACUCCUCCGGCCUGCUCCUCCUCCGCGCCACGGAGCCCGGCGGAGAGGUCACCCACCACCUCUGCCACGCGCGCACAGGCGAGGCCACCUGCCUCCGCGAGCACGACUGCCCCAUGGGCUUCGACGGCGCCAACGUCGGCCUAAUGGCGAGUCGCGACAGCUGCGUGGUCGCCGAGCUCCAGCCCUCCGGCGACGGCUCCGGCCGCGCCACGCUCCUCCGCUACACGGUGGGGCAGUACAAGUGGGCCGUGACGGAGCUCGCCUACUCGCCGCCGCUGCACCGGCAGUGGUUCUGCGCGGGGGUCGUCUCCCACGGAGGGAUGCUCUGGUGGGUGGAGCUCUCGUACGGCCUCCUCGCCUGCGACCCCUACUCGUACAAGCCGGAGCUGGUACACGUCCCGCUUCCGGCGGUCAUCGACCCGCUUCCGGGAAAAGUGGCAAACUUGGCCAACAGGGGCUCCCACAGCUGCGUGAAGGCGAGCAGCGGAAGGCAGUUCACAUCUUGCACGGUCACAAUGUUGAGAGAGGGAUAAGAGCUAUUUUGAAGAUACCCUGCUUAAACAAAUCGAUUUCCUUAAUAUUAGUAUAUGGACAUAGCUGCUAUUGCACAAUGCAUGGUACCACUUAUCUUGCAUGGGGAAUUGCUAUCUUUUAAGCUAUAGUGUUUGUUUCCGUAGAACGUUGUUUGACAGACACGUACUUACCUUUGUUGUAAGCAUACAUACAUAGUUUGCUCGCCCUGGCACACAUUUAACCGUUGUAAUUUGAGUCUAUUCUUUCAAGGGUCUGACCCUGACUCUGUCCCGACAUGCUUGAGGGAGGAGAAGGAGAUCGCCGCGCGGAGCAGAUAAAUUACAGAAGAAGUAUCGUUAUAAUUUAAUCAUGCGGCAGCAGCACAGAAUAAUGAUGAAGAAAGAAACCCGCUUUGCAAGGAGGCCACAGAUAUCGCCAAAAGGCAAAAGAGUAGGCCAUAGGCGUGGGCAAGCUGCAUGGUGCAUCUCUCAUGCAGUCUCUAAGUACAAAAAAAUUCGGAUCUAAAGAUUGGAAACUAAUCUUGAUGUAUCAGUAUAUAUUGAGUGGUACAUCAAUGAACAUUGCUUGAAUUCAUGCCUUUUUUUACA